UCGAAAAUGUAUAUAAGCUACAGAUGACGGCACAUUUCUUCAUCAGCUUGCCUUCAGUUUUGCUCAAAGUGAAGCAAAGGUAGAAGUGAAAAUGGCACAAAACAUAGCUUUGAUUUUCGCAUUAGCAAUCAUUCAGGUGAUCUAUUCAGAUGCUCAAAUACUGGAGAAGGAAUUUUCGAUAACACCAUACAGAUCAGCAUGUGCUUCUUCUCCCUGUGAUCCUGGCUUUGGUGGACCAGCAUUUCCUGCAUUCGGGUGGCAACAGAUGUGCCGUCCAAUCAUGAUGCCACCCAUUCCAAUUGGAGGCAUGCCAAUUGGAGGUCAACCCUCCCUUGAAGCUCCAAUUGGAAUUUCGCCACCAAUGGGAGUUUCACCUCCUCUUCGAGGUCCAAUUGGAAUUCCUCCAUCAAUUGGAACUCAGCCUACUCCUGGAUUUCCACCACUAAAUGGUAAUUCACCUCAAAUGCAAGGACCUCCAGCCAGUUUUAUUCAACCGAAAAAUUUAAACGAGAAUUCUAACAAAAAUUUUAACUUGAACACCAACACUAACUUCCAGUAGACAAAUUGCGAACAUCCAAGUAAUCAUUUCGCUGAAUGGAUUUGUACUCGUUAUUUAGAAAUUAAUUACAUUACAAAUUAUUGUAUUGCAUUAAUUUCAUUAAAUUAAUCAAAAAUAA